ACACAUUGAACAUUAGUUUACGUUGAGGUGAACGUAACUAUGCGCGGUCGCAAUGUUCUGCAGUAAAAAUGCAGCUCAAUCGUCGUUCCAACUUCAGUAAUCAUUAAUUCAAUAUUUAUUUAUUUAUAAUUAUUUAAUUAAUUACCAUCCUCAGUACGUUUCAUUCUUUCCAGAUAAAAAGUCACCAUGCAAAAAGACGGAGUAAGAUACCGUCCUCAAAGGAGUGGUAGACCAGUAGAAGAGGGCUACACUAAUUUACCCAGUUCGAUUAAAAAGAAAACAUCACCACCAAAUGGGACCCAGCAUCUUUUAUUUGCCCUGACAUUUUUUUUAUCAAUAUCGCUGACUGUUAUAGUAAUGGACAAGCAUUUACCGGAGGGAAAGUUGAUAAAAAACGAGCACAAGUACCCGGGAAAAUUUAUCGCUGAAAGAGCGAGGAAUCAUGUGGUUAAUUUAACGUCCCUUGGACCUAGAGUAGCUGGUAGUUAUGCUAAUGAAGUAAGAGCUGUUAAUUAUUUAACAGCUGUGAUAAAUGACACCAUAAAACAAGCUAAUGAUAAUCAUAGGAUAGUUGUUGAUGUCACUAAACAUUCGGGUGCGUUUCCGCUUACUUUUCUCGAUGGAAUGACAAGUGUUUACAAGAAUGUCCAGAAUGUUAUUGUUAAACUGGGUCCAAGAAGAGAUCCAGAGCACAGUUUGUUGUUGAACUGCCACUUUGACUCGUUUGCCGAAAGCCCUGGUGGAUCUGAUGACAGCGCGGGCUGUGCUGUUAUGUUGGAGAUCUUGAGAGUUUUGGCGACUAGUUCUAGAUAUCUUAGGCAUAAUAUUAUUUUUUUGUUUAAUGGAGCAGAGGAGAAUUUAUUACAGGCUUCUCAUGGAUUUAUAACACAACAUCCUUGGGCUAAAGAAAUAAAAGCGUUUAUAAAUAUUGAAGCUUGUGGUGCGGGUGGCCGUGAAUUAUUAUUCCAAGCUGGUCCAGAAAAUCCAUGGAUUAUUGAAGUAUAUUCAAAAGUAGUUCCGUACCCAUAUGCUUCAUCUUUAGCUCAAGAAAUAUUUCAAAGUGGAAUUGUGCCAGGUGAUACCGAUUACCGUAUAUUUCGAGACUUUGGCAAAGUAUCGGGUGUUGACUUUGCUUGGACGACCAAUGGCUAUGUCUAUCAUACAAAGUUCGAUACCGUGGAGCAAAUACCUCUCGGAGCGCUCCAACGCACUGGCGACAAUAUACUCGCGUUGACUCAGGGAAUAGCUACGGGAAAUUACUUAGGUAAUCCAUUGAUGCAAGACAACGAUGGCAGUCUUAUGUUUUUUGACUUCCUCGGAGCUUUUGUCAUCAGGUGGCCACAUUUUAUCUCGACUAUUAUAAAUAUUACGAGCAUUUUCAUCGGAGCUUAUUCUAUAUAUUUAAACAUGAAGGUUGCUCGUCAAGAGUUAAAAACUUCGACAUAUUUAAAGCAAAUAUUAAUUUGCGUCUCAAUAAUCUGUGCCUCAUGGAUAAUUUCAAUGAUGUCAGUUACAUUCAUUGCACUUAUUCUUACUAAACUUGAGAAAGUCAUGAGCUGGUACGCUAGACCGGCGUGGUUAUUUUUCCUCUAUGUUUGUCCGACACUUGCAGUUUCGAUGCUCUGUUUUUUGUACGCAGCAAAUCGACAAAAACAAGUGGUUAACACUCCUUGGACGUUGUAUCAAUUAUAUAAUGAUGCUUAUAGUGUGAUCUGGAUGUCAGUAUUGUUAGCUUGCAUUUUAUUAGAAAUACGUUCAGGUUUCAUACCAUGGCACUGGGUGAUAUUCCCAGCGUUUGGUAAUAUUAUACGACAUAGUCUCUUUGAAAAAUGGAGAGAAUGGAAAUGGCUGUGUUAUCAAGUAGGAAUAUUAAGUUUACCAUAUAUGCAGUCAUUUUAUUUAGCAAUCGGCGCAUUGUAUUUAUUUAUACCGAUAAUGGGCCGCGUAGGUGCUGGAACUAAUUCAGAAGUCAUUAUGGCGAAUAUGUUGUCAAUUUUAUUUUGUUUACUUCUAAGUUUUACGAUGCCAAUGGUAAUAUUAAUUAAAAAUGCUGGACGUAUUAUAAGUGUAAUGACAGGUUUAUUUUACUUGUCAGUCGCAGUACUUAUACUAACACCUCUAGGGUUUCCUUACAGUGGCGAUGUUUCAUCACCUGCACCUCAACGAUUUAUGAUUGCGCAUACUCAAAGACAGUAUUACGAUGUAGAUGGUAUGCUAAAGUACUCAGGAACAGGAUAUUGGUUAGUAGACUUAGAUAUGAAUAGUCCUCAUAGCGUUCAGUCAAUGGUACCUGAAAUAGGUGCUGUAUUACCUACAAAUUUAGACUGUGAAGAACAAUUAUUCUGUGGUUUGCCCUAUCUUGUACCAGUUAGAAGAUUUUUAUGGAAAACAAGUUGGAUACCCGGACCAGCUCCUGCCAUAAAAAUCCCAACGCAGCUGGAAUUAUUAUCAAAAGUAACAAUGAAGCAAACUGUAACAUUCACAUUUAAUAUAACUGGUCCGGAUCACAUAGGAAUUAUUCUAUCGCCUUACAAAGGAGUGCAUUUAAAACAGUGGAACGUUGUCGGAGGUGAUCCACUGGCAUGUCCAUCGUGGAACGAUCGUGAAGUUUACUUCAUUUACUACGCCUGCUCAUCCGACUGUGUUCCCUAUAAUUUUUCAGUAGUUCUUAAAGUUCCAGAAAAUCAAGAACCGAUUUUAACGAUCGCCUUAGCCGGGCACUUUUUGCACGGAGAAAAUCAAAAGUCACCAAAGUUUGAAAAGUUCCUCAAACAAUUCCCUUCGUGGACAGUUAUCACACCCUGGACUGCCUCUUACACUUCGUGGGAAUUUUAAUCGUGAUUUAUCUAUUCAAGUAAUUACAGAAAAAAAAAAAAAAAAAAAGAGAUUAGGGAUAGAAUUUUCGAUACAAUAUUUAAAUUGUAUUAAGUGAUAUUUAAGAUUAAUAAGUAACAAGAAUUAAAGAGAAAAAAAAAAUCAGAUACAAAAGCACACUUACAAUUAGACGGCCUAGAUUGAUUAGCAUUUGAAUAUUAAUGUAAAGUGAGAUUUUGUCAGUAACAUUUACUAUAAAUAUUUACACCAUUUUUUACUAGACCAUGUUUACUAAAUGGUAUAUUUAAAAAACUAUUAAAAAUUAAACUUUUUCAAUAGUUAAUAUAAUAAUAAUAAUAAAACUUUUCUUAUUAAAAAAUUAUAAACUCUGUAACGAGUUAAUUAGCCUGCAAAAUGUGCCGUAUUAAUAUUUAUAUAAAUUUAUUAUAUUAGUACAUAAAUCGAAUUGACCAAAAGGUUUAAAAAAAUAAUUUUUUUUUUUAGUAUUUUUAAAUUCGUGAUAGACACCAAACGAUAAUAAUUAUUAUAAAUAAUAAUAUAACACAAGUGCUGCAAUAGUUUUAUAGCAUUAUUAUUAUAAUAUUAUUAAAAUAUUAAAAUUAAAAGCUGUAGCUUCUGAACAAAAUUUUUACUGAUUAGUAUGUACUCCUAAAAUAAUUAAAUCACCUACAUGAAUUAAUCUCGUGUAAUGUUAAAUAAAUUUACUAAAUGUAUGUAUACAAAAAAAUACUAUUUGAAAAAAUUAAAUAAGAUUGGUAGCGGUUGACUGAUCUAUUUAAUGCGCUCUCAGUACUCGAUUUAUUUUUAAAAUCUUUUAAUUAUUUAAAAAUUUUAUAUUUAUUAAAUAUUUUUAUUUGUAGUAAAAUUUAAUUUUAAAAUAUUUAUUAUUUUUAUUACAAAUGAUACAUAUCUUAGUUUAUUAAAUUAAUUUUUUAUUGAUUAAUAUUUAGUUAUUUAUUACCGAUUAUUAAAUUACACAUGCUUGCAACGAAUUAUCGCUUAAAAAAAAAAAAGAUUAUAUAUGUUAAAAUAAAAUAUAAAUUAUAUGUAUGUAAAUGAAGAUUUUUUAAUUAUAGCUUCAACGGAGUGCAUUAGUAAUUUUGCUACAAUUAACGUUUGACAUUGCACUCCAUAAUUGUUAAUUAAAAAUUAUUGUUAAUAUUAUAAAUUAUAUAUUACAAUUAUAGAUAAUAAUUCACAAUAAAAUUAAAAUCAAAUUAUUUAAAAAAUUAAGCUACCAUAUUUUUUUGUAAUAACAGGUGAACUUAUGUAACUAAAUCAUUGCACAAUAUUUUAAUUGUUUUACAAUUGUUUGACGUUAAAUAUUUUACAGGCAAAGUAAGUCAUUUAGUCCUAUACGAAUGAUUAAUUUUGUCGGAUAACGGAAGCUUAAUGUAUCGGUUAAUUUCCGGUUACAUUUUCACAAAGAAUUCUAUUAAAAUCAUUUAAUUUUAUCGGCAAUUCAAUCCUAAAAAAUCUUUAUUGUAUUUCAAU